ACAAGCAAACGUUUUCCUCUGACUCGCGAAAAGAGGAGCGACAUGGAUGAGAAGGAGCCGUCGGCGUGAGUAAAAGAAAAUAAUGAUGAAAUGACUGUUCACACGGCGAAAGAAUGAUAACAUAGGCGGCACUGUGCUGGCGCGCGCGAGAAAAGAGGAAAAAACAAAGUGUGGAGCAGCAUAAAAAGGCGAUGGCGCGGCGGGAGAACCAAGAGGCUUCAAAAGUCAGAAAACAACGAAAGAAGAAGGACAGCAAGAGCAGAACCGUGCACGCGAACAUCCUCUAUGAGCACGCCAAAGGAGAGGAAAAUCCAAACCGGCACUAUGCAAACAACAAGAUUAAAACCACCAAAUACACCCUGCUGUCUUUCCUGCCAAAGAACCUCUUUGAACAGUUCCACAGGUUUGCCAACGUUUACUUUGUUUUUAUCGCUUUGCUGAAUUUUGUUCCAGUCGUCAACGCAUUCCAGCCAGAACUCGCACUGGCUCCAGUAGUUUUCAUUUUGUCUGUCACUGGCAUCAAAGAUCUGUGGGAAGACUACAGGAGACACAGGUCCGACAAAGAAAUCAAUCACAUGGACUGUCUGGUCUACAGCAGAGCAGACAGAGGAUACGUGGAGAAAUACUGGAAGGAGGUGAGGGUGGGGGACUUCAUCAAGCUGAGAUGUAAUGAGAUCCUUUCAGCUGAUGUUCUGCUGCUGAGCUCCAGUGACCCAGACAACUUGUGCCACAUUGAGACUGCCACGUUAGAUGGCGAGACCAACCUCAAGCAGAGGCAGGUUGUCCGCACCUUCCUGGACCCGGAUUGUGAUUUUGACCCCACAAAAUACAACAGCAUAAUUGAAUGUGAAAAACCCAAUAAUGACCUCAGCAGAUUCCGAGGCUACAUAAUCCCCAGAAGUGGCAGAAGAGAUGCACUUUACAAUGGAAACUUGCUGCUGAGAGGCUGCACCAUCCGCAACACAGAGGAGGCUGUGGGAAUAGUUAUUUAUGCAGGUCAUGAGACCAAAGCCAUGCUGAACAACAACGGCCCACGCUACAAACGCAGCAAACUGGAGCGACAGAUGAAUGUUGACGUGUUCUGGUGUGUCAUCAUCCUGUUGGUCAUGUGCCUGUUUACUGCUGUUGGUCACGGGCUGUGGAUGUAUCAGUACGGAGAUAAGAGACCUGUGUUUGAUGUUCUUAGUCCAGAGGGGACAGCUUUAUCUCCCAUCAUGUCAGCCAUUUAUCUCUUCCUCACAAUGAUCAUUGUUUUUCAGGUGCUGAUACCGAUCUCCCUCUUUGUGUCGAUUGAAAUUGUCAAGAUCUGCCAAGUGUACUUCAUCCAUCAGGAUGUGGAUCUGUAUGAUGAGGAGACUGACUCUCACUUGCAGUGCAGAGCACUUAAUAUUACUGAGGAUCUUGGCCAGAUGCAGUACAUCUUCUCAGACAAAACAGGCACCCUGACUGAGAACAAGAUGGUAUUUCGACGUUGCACUGUGGCUGGGGUGGAGUAUUCCCAUGAUGCCAAUGCCAGAAGAAUUGCCAUGUACCAAGAAAUUGAUUCAGAGGAAGAAGAGUGUACGUCUCAUGGUGGCACUCUGCCCAGACGAGACAGCGUGACCAGUCACCAAAGUGCCCGGGUGGUGCUACGAUCUCACAGUACCAAGUCCCACCGGCGGACAGGCAGCAGGGCGGAGGCCAAGCGAGCCAGCAUCUUGUCUAAGCACACAGCCUUCAGCAGCCCCAUGGAGAAAGACGUUACCCCUGACCCUCAGCUCCUAGACAAAGUCAAUGAAUGCAGUAGUCAGAUGGAUUUUAUGCGCUUCCACAGCCAGCCCAUGUCCCAGCUGCCCUCUGACCUCUCUGACAUCAUGGAUUUCUUCAUUGCUCUCACCAUCUGCAACACCGUGGUGGUUUCUUCCCCCAACCAACCCAGACAGAAGGUUGGGAUGAGGUUUGGGCACAAGUCUCCAGUGAAGACCAUAGAGGACUUUAUCAAACGCUUUACCACCAGCCGACUGACCUCAGGUUCUAAUAGUAGCAGCUCCUCCAGCCUCAUCACCAACCGCUCCUCCAACAAGGGUUGCUCCAGCAUGCUGUCCUCUCCUUCAGCAGAAAGCACAAUCACAAAACUGAAUGAAGAGCAGCUGUCUGGAUGUCUGGAGCACCCUUUUGACCCUGUCCCUCCCUGCUACGAUGGGAAAGCCUGGUCCCUGGAAGAGGGCGAGCUACGCUAUGAGGCAGAGUCACCUGAUGAAGCCGCGCUCGUCUAUGCUGCCAGAGCUUACAAGUGUUCUCUUGUUGGACGGCUGCCUGACCAGGUGACUGUGGAACUGCCCCACUUGGGGAAGCUGAGUUUUGACCUGCUGCACACUCUAGGCUUUGACUCCACAAGAAAACGCAUGUCUGUAGUGGUCAGGCAUCCACUGACGGACCAGAUCACUGUCUACACGAAAGGAGCAGACUCUGUCAUCAUGGACCUCAUCAGACCCCCUGACACAGGUAACUCCAAAGGAAAACGUCAGAAAAAGAUUGUGUACAAGACCCAGAACUACCUGAACCGCUACGCUGCAGAUGGUCUCCGCACGCUGUGCAUUGCCAAAAAGAUUCUGAGCAAAGAGGAAUAUGCCUGCUGGGUACAGCACCACCUGGAGGCUGAGACAGCCAUUCAAGGAAGAGAGGAGCUUCUGUUUGAGUCAGCCCUCCGACUAGAGACAAACCUCCAGCUUUUGGGAGCCACAGGCAUUGAAGACCGGCUGCAGGAUGGUGUGCCUGAAACCAUCGCCUCUCUGCGGAAGGCAGGCCUGCAGAUAUGGGUGCUGACCGGGGACAAACAGGAGACGGCCAUCAAUAUCGCAUAUGCUUGCAAGCUGCUGGACCCCGAGGAGGAGAUCCUGACACUGAAUGCUGAUUCUCAGGAGGCCUGUGCAUUGUUGCUGGAGGAGAGUUUACGCUACAUCCAGGCCAAAUUCCUCUGCAACUCUCCUGAACAAGCUGCGAAGGCCUUCAGUACCAACUUUCCAGCAUUUGAUAUGUAUCCCUCUUCAUCUCCAUCCUCCUCCUCCUCCCACACUGCUCCCUUCGUGGUGUACCGGCUGGGGAUGGUGAUCGACGGCCGGACCUUGGCCUAUGCCUUGGAUAAGAGCCUGGAAGAAAAGUUUUUGGCUGUGGCACGGAGCUGCCAUUCGGUUCUUUGCUGCCGCUCCACACCACUGCAAAAGAGCAUGGUGGUCAGACUGGUGCGGAACAAGCUGAAGGUCAUGACUCUGGCUAUAGGUGACGGGGCAAAUGACGUCAGUAUGAUCCAGGUGGCUGAUGUGGGCGUGGGCAUCUCGGGACAGGAGGGCAUGCAGGCAGUGAUGGCCAGUGACUUUGCACUCCCACGUUUCCGGUAUCUCCAGAAGCUUCUACUGGUCCAUGGUCACUGGUGCUACUCCCGGCUGGCCAACAUGAUUCUCUAUUUCUUCUACAAGAAUGCUAUGUUUGUAGCUCUGAUCUUCUGGUAUCAGUUCUGCUGUGGAUUCUCCGGUUCAGCCAUGAUUGACCAGUGGUACAUUAUCUUCUUCAAUCUGAUGUUCUCUGCAUUCCCACAACUCGUCACUGGCACACUGGACAAAGAUGUGUCAGCAGAGGCACUCCAACAUCUACCUCGGCUCUACAUGAAUGGCCAGAACUCUGAGGAAUAUAAGCCAUAUAUGUUCUGGAUGAACAUGAUUGAUGCCUUUUACCAAAGUCUGGUCUGCUUUUUCAUUCCCUACUUUAUGUACUCAGACUCUGACAUGGAUCUGUUUAUGUGGGGAACUCCAAUUACCACCCUCGCCUUAUUGACCAUCCUUCUGCAUCUGGGCAUUGAAACUAAAACCUGGACUUGGAUGAACUGGCUCUCGAUUGCCUACAGCAUAGCUGUGUUCUUUACUGUGGCUCUGUGCUACAACGCCUCCUGUCCCAUCUGUUACUCCCCCUCCAAUCCCUACUGGACCAUGCAGAGGUUGCUUCAGGACCCACUUUUCUACCUUCUCUGUGUCAUCACGCCUGUGACAGCACUGCUACCCAGAUAUUUCUACAGGGCAUGUCAGAGCACAUUGUUUCCCAGCCCAGUCCAAGUUGGAAGGCAGUUGGACCGACUCCCCCUCGAAACCCACAGGAACAUCCUCAGCCUGAGCAGGUUCACUGCAGGGUCACAGCUCAGCCCCAAGCCUUCCUUCCUGUCCCUUGUCAAGCCUUCCCCUAAAAGUUGUAUCCAUAAAGACCAGAGGAGAUGCUCCAGCUCCAAACCCUCCCCAUCCAUUCAGGGGACCAUUUUACAAAAGGUUGAUGCUGAGAAGUGUCACAUAAAGGACCAGAGUGGCCAGAUGAAGGGCAGCACAUAUUCACGCUCUCUCAUUUCUCCAGAAGCAGACAGUACACCUUCCACCAAAGAGUCGGAGUGCCUCAAUAUGACUUCAAACCCGUCAGAUCUGAGUCUGUCCAGCUGUAUCAGCUCCACACCUCUGCAGGCACAGACUGACAGCAUUCAGUUCAGUCUGCCCCCUGCAGGUGGGUCUCAGAGUGUUAAGUACAUGAGGACUUCAGAGGAUUGCAGUGUUCAUCCAACAGAGAUGGUGGAACAGAAGGAAAACCGUUCCUGUGAGCAGUCACUGCACACCAGCCUAUGAUGUGUUAGUCUUAGUGACUCACAUUCCAAUUUGCACAUUAGUUUUAUAUAAUUUAAUUGUAGUUUUGCAAGGG